CCCCUAAUUUAAUAUUUUUGAUUUAUUUCUCUCCUUUGGUCCCAAGAAGAGUCAUUAUUUUGUGGGUUUGGGUCAGUUUUAGGAAACGCUCCAAGUCCAGGCUGGUUUUAGGUUACUGGUUUUGCGGCUCAGCAACGGUGUCCUGUUUUUCGAGUGGUGGUUGGCUGAAGUGAUGUCUAUCCGUGCGACCACUAGUGGAGUUAUGCAUCGCAAAGCGCCACGAGCCUAGCAACAGUAUUGUUUACAAUAGCAACAAGGCCAGUGGUGUUGUUUUGGCCGGGUAACUUUCUUUCCGUAUGAUAAACGAUCAUUACUUAUAGAGUCAACUUGUUCCACAACUGGAUUGGUUUUUGUUGAGUUAUUGUUAACGCUACUACGAAGAUGGAAUCAGAGAGAGCACUGAACAACCAAAGGGAGCAGACUGCGAUAAGCUUCAAGGCAUUUAUGCUAAAAAAUAGUACAAAAAGUAAUAUUAACCUGUAUGACCAUCUUGCACGGUUACUGACCAAGGUGAUGGAUGAGCGGCCAGAAAAUGUGGUUGACGUUAUUGAAGAUAUGAGCCUUGAAGUGAAGCGUGAAUUACUACAGGACAUGCAGAGCACAUUGAGAGACACACCCCUGGCAUCCGCUGCACAGCUUCUGGCUAAGCAGCAGAAGUUGCUAUUUUCAAGAGGAGGGGAUGGUGGCGACCGAGAGGAGGAACUGGUUGAAACACCACUCCCCAAUGUAAGUGAACUUAGCUACUAUCUGGAGCAGGCUGGAGUGGGACUGGGCAGAGAGGAGAUGCUGAGGGUCUUCCUGGCACUAAAGCAGCUGGUGGAUUCUCAACCGCUAGCGCACUGCCGAUUUUGGGGCAAAAUCCUUGGCACAGAGGGUAACUAUCUUGUAGCUGAGGGUGGGUACAGAGAAGGGGAGGAAGAGGAGGAAGAGGGUCGUGAGGAAACUGCUGAAGAGGAUGAACGAGAUCCAGAACCUCAGGAAGAGGAUGAGGAAGCUGAGGUGAUGGAAGGAAUCGAUCCGUUUCCAAGUUCCAACUACAAGCCCCCGCCCGUAGUGCCAAAGGAGGAAAACGGCACAGGUGCGAACAAGUUCACUUACUUUGUGUGCAGUCAGCCAGGCCUUCCCUGGGUGAGGCUGCCGCCCGUCACACCCGCUCAAAUCACAGUGGCACGCCAGAUCCGCAAAUUCUUCACAGGAAAACUUGACGCCCCAAUCGUCAGCUAUCCUCCUUUUCCUGGCAAUGAGGCCAACUAUUUGCGAGCUCAAAUUGCUCGCAUUUCUGCGGGCACCCACGUCAGUCCCCUCAGGUUCUACCAGUUUGCAGAGGGGGACGGUGAGGAGGAAGAGGAGGGUGCCAGAGAAAGCUUUGAGGAGAAUUCCGACUUUGAAGGAAUUCCUGUUGCUGAAAUGGUAGAAUCUCUAUCCUGGGUGCAUCAUGUCCAGUACAUCCUGCAACAGGGUCGCUGUAAGUGGGUGAACCUUGCAGACAAGCCAGAGGAUGACUUUGAGGAAGCCGAUGAAGAGGAAAAGCAGGAGGAGCCCGAUGAGCCGGAGCCAGAGGUGGGACCUGCGCUCCUCUCUCCAAUUUCUGAGGAUACAGACGUGGCCGGCACCUCUCCCUGGACCUCUAAGAUGUCCUCUAACCUCCUUCCUCAGUUUGCCAUUGCAGUUCUACGCUCCAGUCUCUGGCCAGGGGCUUAUGCCUAUGCCAGUGGAAAGAAGUUUGAAAACAUCUACAUUGGCUGGGGUCUGAAAUGUUCAGGUAGAGGUUACACCCCAUCUAUUCCAUCAGUGCCCCAGCAAGAAUACCCCAGUGGACCAGAGAUCUCAGAGGCCAUGGACCCAAGUCUGGAGGAAGAGCAGGCACUGAAAGCAGUCAUGGAAGAGCAGAGAGCUGCUCAAGAAGACACAGAGGGCCUGGGUGGAGAUGAAGAGGAUGAGGAUGAUGAUGAUUGAGGAUUACUUUGUUGUAGACACUACAUUACAAAAUAAGCACUAUUUACAGUUGACUAAAGCCUUAAUUUGUAAAAUAAAUUUAAAAAAAAGGCACAAAUAAA